CAGGCGGAGUCUUGCGUCGUCUUGGGAAACGCAGCAUAUUGUCAGACCAGCCCCUGGGCGGAGGAUCUGGAGAUUGGUGCCUCUGCUUGCGCUUUCCCACUCGGUUUUAACACGCUCGGUUUAGUCCUGGGCAGAGACGUGCAGUAAGUGGACUCUAGACGGCGGAGUUAAAGACUUCAGAGACGCGCAACCCAGGAACGGAUAGAAGCGAACAGACAGUAUACGCUGCAUUUGGUCGUCAUAUAUGUUCUCUAGUUUUUGAAAUCAAGUGGAAUCGGACACAGUGAACGACACAGACAUGUGUAACCGAGCAGGAAGAUGCCGGGAGGAUCUAGGCCGGUGGGCUUAGGAGCUCUGCAUGCGUGCUCAACCUGAAAUCAGUGUCUUUUGCAUCUAUAUAAAAGUUUGAGCUGAGCGUGAUGGCAUCUAGUCUUACAUGUGCAGGUGUGGUAUGGGCCCUGUUGUCCUUUCUUUGUGCAGCCACAUCUUGCAUAGGCUUCUUCAUGCCAUACUGGCUGCUUGGGUCUCAGAUGGGUAAGCCGGUGUCGUUUGGAACGUUCCGCCGCUGUUCCUACCCCGUAAGGGACGAGGCCCGUGGUGGGACGGUUAUGUUGGAGCAGUGUGGGCGCUAUGCCUCCUUUCAGGGCAUCCCGAGUCUGGAGUGGAGGAUCUGCACGGUGGUGACGGGGACAGGCUGCGGACUGCUGCUCCUGGUGGCUCUCACGGCAAUCAUGGGAUGCUGUGUUACGGAUCUGAUCUCUCGCACCAUCGGAAGAGUGGCAGGAGGGAUACAGUUUGUGGGAGGGCUGCUGAUCGGAUCGGGAUGUGCCCUGUACCCUUUAGGGUGGGACAGUGAAGAGGUCAGACAGACUUGCGGCAACAGCUCUGACCAGUUCGAUCUUGGUUCUUGUGAGAUCGGAUGGGCUUAUUACUGCACCGGGGCUGGAGCUGUGUUGGCCAUGCUGUUGUGCACGUGGAUGGCAUGUUUCGCAGGGAAGAAACAGAAACACUACCCUUACUAAACAUGUGGAAGACAAAACAACAGUAGAGGAAACUUUAAACACCGCAUAUAUGGGCAUGACUUUCAUUCUUCACUUCAGAGAGCUUCUACAUCCAGUGCACUUCCCAAAUGCAUAUCAUAUACAAGGAGACAUGACUGAAUGAUGACCUUUCCGUCGCAGUUCCCACAUGAGAUUUAUCCUACGACUGAUCUUUGGCCUGCAUUGGGAUCUUUUGCAUUUAAAGUGGAGCCAGUAUCAUUAAAAAGGAAAAUAUGUCAGACGACCUAUUGACUUUUGAAUCUUUGUGUUCGGAAGGAACCUACUGUGUUACUAUCACUUAUAUGUUCCUUUUUUUCUCGUGUUUGUGUAAGUACAGUAUUCUCGGUGGUUUAAGUUGUUGUGUUUUGGUAUAUUGUGUUAUUACAAUAACCUGUUCUAUAUUAUGCAUUUUAUUAAUGUCCUAUUAUUGCCUCACAUAUCUCCGCUGCAAUAAUAUACAUCACAAUAUAUUGUGUUUGAUAUGAUCUUUGUUUGGUAUUUACAACUUUUAUAUAACAUAUGCGUAAUUGUCCAUUAUAUUUCACUGCAUUUGUAAAUAAAUACUGUCAUUUAAAAAAUAAUAAUAA